UUUGAACGUAGGACGAGGGCAUGAGAGAGCGGAGCAAGGCGAGGUACUCGUUCAUCUGCUUCCUCCUGUUGCGCUCCACCGCGAUGUGGGUCAUCCUCUGGCUCUCUAUCUCCUCUUCGUUCUUCGCGUUCUUGGUCCGCCGCCGCUUCCGCCGUGCUGCAGGGGGAACGGAUGCGGACGCCGCCGUCACAGGCGGCGGCGGGUUGAAAAAUGCGCCGUCGAAUCCGUUGGUGCAGGGAUCGGGGGAGGAGGUAGAGUGGCGGUGAUUAUUGUUGUAAUUGUAAUAACAACAAUCCCAGCAGCUGCUGCUG